AUGGCAUUCAAAAACAUUAUCAUUCUUUUCUUCUUCCACACAAUUUUCCAAUCUCAACUACACAAUUCCAUAGCAGCAGAAACUUGGAUAAAAGCUGGUUAUUAUCAAGCUAAUGAUAUAUCUUACUCUCCAAAUAUCCAAAGCAUCAAUUCAACUCUUUACACUCACCUCAUCUAUGGCUUUGCUAAUAUUGACUUCAAUACAUCAACAGACCAAAUGAUUGUCUCAAUAUCAGAUGAUGAACAAUUGAAAAACUUCAAUAACAUAGUCAAGAAAAAGAAUCCAUCUCUUAAGACUCUCUUAUCAAUUGGUGGAAAAGACCAAUCUUCUUAUGACUCAGGUAUUUACUUAUUAAUGUCAAGUACCUAUUUUUCUGGAAGAAAAUUCUUUAUUGAAUCUUCCAUCAAAAUCGCUCGUCUUUACGGAUUUGAUGGACUAGAUUUUUGUUGGAUUUCACCUAGUUCGUCACAAGAAAUGACGAAUUUGGGUACCCUUUUGGAUGAUUGGAGAAUUGCUAUUGAUUUCGAGUCCAAAAACUCGAAAAAAUCACAACUUUUAUUGACCAUGGCUGUUCAAUACACACCCUGGAUUCAAGAUUUGAGUUUCCCAAUUGAGUCAAUGAGGAAAUAUUUGGAUUGGGUACAUGUUUUUGCCUUUGAUUAUUAUAAUCCAGAGUCAACAAAUAAUACAUCUCCAGUUGCAGCAUUAUACGAUUCGAAUAGUGAUUUGAACACUGAUUAUGGUAUAAAUGCAUGGAUUAAAUCAGGUUUUCCAACUCAAAAACUUGUUUUGGGAUUUCCCUUUUAUGGUUAUGUAUGGACAUUGGCUAGUCCUAAAGAUAAUAAAAUUGGCGCGACAGGAACAGGACCAGGGCCUAAAGAUUAUUCGUUUGGUGCUGAAGCUGAAAAUGAGCCGUUUUCGAGUAUAAGUAGUUGGUUAAGAUUCAAUGAUAUUAAGAGAGGUAUGAUAAAAUAUCGAGCUAAUAAUGCAUCGUAUAAUGCAACUUAUGUGAUGAAUUAUGUCUCUGUUGAGACAAGUUGGGUUGGUUUUGAUGAUGUUGAGGCAGUGAAAACCAAAGUUGCAUAUGCAAAAGAGAAGCAUUUGAGAGGCUAUGUGGCAUGGCAAGUCUCAUAUGAUUGGAAUUCUGCACUUUCUCAGGCUGCUGCAGGAGAAGUUGAAGAUAUCCAAGAAGGAGUAAUUGAUCAACCAGGAAUGCACAAGAAGAAAAAAUUCAAUCGAGUGAUUUUCAUUUUGAUUCCAGUUGGAGCAGUAUUGAUCUUGUUGUUGCUUGUCUUUACACUGUGGUGUCUUAGAAGGAGACGACUAUUGAAGUUCCAAGGAAGAAUUCCAAGGAACAAAAUUGGAAGCAAAAAUGAAGAUAGAAGAGGUGGAGAGAGCAGCAGCUUGCAUGUAUUCACUUUUGAAGAGAUGAAGGCAGCCACAAAUAAUUUUUCAGCUGACAAUGAGCUUGGCCGAGGUGGAUAUGGACCUGUUUACAAG